AUGGAACCUCCUGGGUUUCCAAAGGCGUUUCUCGAUGCUGCAUUCCUGGGAAAUGUGGAAGUGAUUGAGAGGUUAAUCGCUGAGGUUGAAAAAGUUGAUGGGAAGAUUUCAUAUGCAACUCUGAAGACACCCGAGGAGGGCUGCAACGCUCUUCACUUGGCUGCUGCUCAAGGGAGGACUCAGAUGUGCAGAGAUCUGAUUCGUAAUUUGAAGUUUCAUGACAUCAAUGCCAGUGAUGAUUCUGGUAGAACACCCUUAAUCCAAGCAGUUUUGUGGAAACAUCGGCGUACGGUUGAUUUCCUGAUUGACAAUGGCGCAGAUGUCACGAAAGGGACCUUGAAAGGGUACACCCCAUCGCAUUGUGCUGCUGAAAAAGGUUCCAAGGAGUUGAUUCAGCUCUUGAUCUCUAAGGGUGCUGAUUUAAAUGCAUUUGCUGAGCCUGGGACACCGCUGCAUUGUGCUGCAGCUCAUGGAAGUUUUGAAGCAGUAAAGUACUUGUUGGAUCUACGGGCAGAUCCAAAUUCUCUUUCGCUUGUUUAUAUGUCUCCACUCUUGCUCUCGAUGCUAGCUAACUCACUUGAGUGCAUGGAACUGCUUCUUAAGGCCGGAGCUGAUCCAGAUACACCUGCUGGUGAUACUACGCCUCUUUGCUAUGCUGCUUCUGAACCUAAUGAGAAGAUGAUUCAUAUUUUGUUAAAAGCUGGUGCGGAUCCUGACAGGAUUGAUUGUUUGUUUAGUUAUGCUUUUUUCAUAGAAAACUUAACCUUGGUUUCGGUUCGGGUACAACAGCCAUUAGAGCAUGCAGCACUUAUUGGUGCUACUGAGGUGGUUAAGGUUCUGUUUCCAGUUACUUCUCGCAUUACAUGUUAUCCUGAUUGGAGCAUUGGUGGAGUAAUGCAAUAUGUUCGUUCAGGCAAAGCCUCUGCCCAGAGGAAGAUAAAGCAGAAGUUGAUCUUUGACUGGGGAAAAGGAAAGUCUUGUGUUGCACUGGAGCCGAGAUGGGUGAAGGCACACUUUAGGGAAGGCGCUGCUUGGAAAGUUCUCAAGAAAUAUGACAAGGCAGCAGAAGCAUUUUCUCGGGCUUUGGCCCUUGACCCUGGUAACAAGGAAAUAGAGAAGGCGUACGGGAUGUUUGCAUUUUGUUUAGUAACUCGAUAUAUCUUGAUGACAGGGAUGCACUUGGUGAAUGUUACAAGGCCAGCCGUUAGAAUGCUGAACAGGCUUGAAAACAAUGAAUUCGUAGCUGAAUAUUUUGUGGGGAAGGAAGAUGCCUUAGUUUAG